GCCUGUUUGUCCCAGAGGAAGCUCCAGCACAAUGUUCUUUGGCAAUAUUCUGGACUGUCCUCUUGGGAAAGAAGAACCUAACAACGUCCUACCAAACCAGCUGCCAUUGAGGUGCCUGGCUCCCAAAAUGGGAGGUUGUGCAUGUGGCAAGCUGGGAAGGAAAUUUUGGUUAAGACGGCCUGGACUUGAGUCCUGGGCUUCUUAGCCUCUGGGUUGUAAAGCAAGGGGUUUUAGUUAGUCCUGUAGAAGUGUGAGCAUGAGAAGACCACGUGGCGUUGGAGGACACAACCGCGCUUGCAAAAUCCAACUGGUACGGUACCGGAGUGUACUAUAAUUAUAAUCCCUUUAUGUUAAAGAAUGAACUGUGAGACUGGAAGUCUUUAGCUUGGACAGGUAUUCCUAACCUGUCCAUGGAAGAGGUGGAAACCGCUUUUAUGUGCACAAGGCCAGUUGUAACCCCAUAGGUGGAGCCCAGACUCCCAAGACUUCUGUGAGGGAGGUGCUGAUUGGCAGUGGGCAGCAACUUUUUGCAAACAUUUCCACUGGUUACAACAGGCACCUCUCAAGGCCUCCAGGACAGCUUUGUGAAGAAGGAAAGGGAACUACAGGGUGAGUAGGUUCCUUACCCUCUUCACACAACCUUGGUUGACCCUUCUCUGGGAUUUUUUCCCCAGCCUUUUUUGUUGACCUACCACUUGCCCUGAGAAAAGCAUUCUGGUGUUUCUGGACCACUCCCCGUGUACCCCCCACCCUCCCAUAACCCACUGAGAUGGUCUAGGUCAGCCUCUUCUGCCCCCUUCCCAGGGUCCUUUCAACCCCACCACCCUGCUGACUCUGCUCCUCUUGCCCACAGGUGGCUGUCAGGACCUGCCCCAUGUCCUCUACACCCAACUCUUGCACUUGCCCAGCCUGCAGUGCAGUGAGCUAAGACCAGCAUCUGUGCGAACCUUUACUGUGAAAAUGUCACAGCCCGACCUGGUGGUCAGGGAACCCUGAGGCGUCCUGGUGCUGGAGGCCACUUUGAGGGUCUUCGCGGACCCUCUGUAGCUGUCCUCCCACCUCAUGAAGGAGUUCAUUCCCAGCAGUGGGCAAAAGGAACUCCUCUACUGGGCUUGGGCCCUCUAGGCCCCCUUGCUGCUCACCCUGCUUCCCAGCAUCUCCUCAGCCCUGUUCCCACUUCUGCAACCCUCAGUCCCAGGUGAGUGUCCAGGGUAGAGAGGGACAAGGAGGUACCGCCCAGCUCCUCCUUAAGCCACCCGUCUACCGAGGGCUCACCAAGUGGACACCAAAAAAGUGUGAUUUGUUAGAAGGGCCUUGGGACAGGAGGGGGAAGAACCUGCCAAGUGUAGGGAACAACAAAUACAAACACAGAGGCCUCAAAGUGUUGUGCAUGCUGGGGAAUGAGUACAGCGGACCUCCGAGGUGGGUUGGGAGACCCCGCUGAUCAGGUAGCCCACGGUCUGUCGCCAAAGAGCUUGGGGUGGUUUACACAAUGCUGGUGGGAGAUGCAAAUGGGUUAGAGGCAGCAAGGGUGGGGGCUGGGGAGGCCAUCAGGGCUGUUGGGUUUGUGCAGUACCUGGAGCGGUCUGGGCCUGAACCUAGGGAGAAGCCCACACCCUCGACACUUUCCUCUAACGUCUGGGUGUCUGUUGGCCUGAGCAAGGACCUGAGGGAAAGCAGGGCAUCGGCGGCUCCCUGUCCCCCUCCCCUGCAGCAAUCCCACGACACCUGGUCUGGAACCAGUGGCAACAUUGCUGCCCACUCCCCGUGGCCCUAUGCCCUAGAAGGAGCCAGGCCUCCAGGCAAGAGGCUCUGGCUGAGCAUAGGACCCCGGCCUCCAUAGGCCCAAACAGCAGUACCUACCUCCCCUCUUACAGGCUUCCUGGAGCCUCAUCAGGUAGCUCCAGCCAGUACACAGCCCAGACCAGCAUGAGCUGCUAAAACCUGGAAGUUUCCUAUUACGAAGAACAAUAAAGGGUCUUUUGCUGUGUUAAUAUUGACUUGCUGAAAGCCUCUAGGUGACAAGGAUGCAGGCCGGCUGGAGAGGGCCCUUGUGACAAACUGCCUUGUUGGCGCUGACCAGACACUCCCGACGGACCAGUUAAGACUACAUUUCUGGGAGAGGUUGAAACUGCAAUUAGGUUAGGAGGAAGCUCGAGGCUGAACAUUCUGGUGCCAUCUAUGUCCGGGGACCCCUUUGCCGUCCAAGAGCACUUCUGCACUCACUGCACCCCACGGCCCACAGGACUGCGAGCCGCUGGAACGCACUGGAGCUUAAGAGACUGGGCCUCAUGUUGAGAAUUCAAGACAUAAAACCAAAGAUAGGCGCCCCCAAAACGGUUCCUCCCAGCCCGCGGAAGUCUGGAGACCCACCCGCCAACAGCACCCUCUGGGGCCUCCAAGGACCUACAGCUCCGCCUAACCGCCGGCAGUGGCGGAGACUCGGUUUCCCAGAAGCCCCCCGGCUGGGCCCCGCCCACAGCUCUGCCGGGCGCCCCCUGGCGGCGCGCUUCAGCUCGGCUCCAGUUCCCGGCGGCCCGCGCGGCACGUUCUCGGCGGAAGGGCUGCUCGCGAUGGCUGGGGCUGGUUCUGCCGCUGUGUCCGGGGCAGGGACCCCCGUGGCGGGUCUCGCAGGCCGCGAUCUCUUCGCCGAGGGGCUCCUAGAGUUCCUACGACCGGCUGUGCAGCAGCUGGACUCUCACGUCCACGCUGUCAGAGAGAGCCAGGUAGAGCUCCGGGAGCAAAUUGACAACUUGGCUACUGUUUCUAGUGACCGGCCCAUGUGGGUGCAGGCGUGUCUUCAUCCCACUUACCAGCCUGCCUUCCCCAAGAACGAGGAGCCAUUAGGUGUUAGUUUGCAGCUUACUUCCAUCCCCCAGAGCUGUGCCGAAUCAACGAGGAUCAGAAAGUGGCCCUGGAUCUCGACCCCUAUGUCAAGAAGCUGCUUAAUGCCCGGCGACGAGUUGUCUUGGUCAACAACAUUCUGCAGAAUGCGCAGGAACGGCUGAGGCGACUAAACCACAGUGUU